AUGAAAAUCGACUCUGUUGUCAGAAGUGGUGAGGAUGCGAAGACUGGGUUGUGUUUUGUCAGAAGCUGGCGUCACGGAAGUGUACAAAUUGUGGUUGGUAGUCAAAAUGACAUGAUGCCUGAAAAUGUAAGCGGUACGCUCGAAGCGACGAGGAGAUUGAACGGUUGCUAUCGCGGUUGGACCACCGCUACCACUGUGGAUACGAGUGGAGCUGGCAAUCCACCAAGCUUCCUCGAGUGUGGCCGCUUUCUCACUCCGUCGUCUUGA